AUGCCAGCCAACAUCGCUCGUCCGAGAGGCAGGCAGAGAAGAUGCGCAUAUUGCGAGCGUGUUUUCACCAAAGAGGAACACCUAAAGCGUCACGAGAGAGCUCACACGGGUGAGAGACCUUUCAAAUGUCACAACGAUGUGCUCUUUCGACACACACAAACGCAUAUAUCAACAGACGACAAUGGUGAGGGCGUACAUGAAACCAGACGCCUUUCCUCGGAUGUUAGCAUGUUGGAUGAGCAAACAUCUGCAACCAGGGAUAAUCACACAUCUCCGGUCCUAUAUCCAAAGCGACGGCUGGAUGCAUUCCUCAAGUCCCCCAUUCGUAGACUUCCAAGAUGCACCGACAGACCAUUGUUGCAAGAUACACAGACGGAAUCAGCAUGCGCUAUAACAACUCUACCUGCUGAAUCUGAAGACGAUACUCCAUGUUUCGAUGUUGAUGAAAAUGAGUUCUCAGAAGACAGUGUUAUGAAGCAUUUGCUCGAUUUCGUCUCGCAAAUUCGCCCUCAAGGAGGAGCCACAGUACCAAAUCACAUCGAAAUAGAAAAGGAUGACGAGGUCAAUUCUCCACGACCGAAUGGAGAAUUGAAAUUAUCACGAUACAAUCAUGAUACUGUCCAAGGAGAUGCAACGUGUCAGUCGACUUUCGCAUCUUCUCAAGCCUUUGAAACGCAGCUUGAUUUUGACAUAUCUACCACCUUUGCCGGAGAUGAAGACGAACAGCAAUGCUUUUUCGGAGGUGUAAAUAAAUUCAAUGUUUUUGAUUUUGACAUCGAGAAGAUUCCAACUAUCAGCAAGCCGCAAUUCAACUUGGACGUCAUGGACACCCUCGACAGGGAUAUUUCUAACCUCCCAUUCUCAAUACCCACUGUAUGUGCUGAUACAAUUAGCAGUAUCCCCAGUAGUGGUGGUCUCAUGACGAUAUCAGCGAUUCAGAUGCAGAAAGUACAACGAAUAUGGUCAAGACAGCGACCGAAGGUCCCAGCACCGAUCGCCAAUCGAUUGUGGAGUACGGUUAUCAAGCACAAUGCUGGUAACAUCUUCACCACACCACAGCAUAGUAUUGACAUGGAAGGCUGUCAGUCUUUGGGCUGCAAUGUGGACCAAGAAGGCAGGAGUCGUUUGAUCCGGUAUUGUAAGGAUCUAGAUGGUUCAUUGGGCUUGUCAACUACCACUGAUGGUGGUUCCAUGCCUACUGUGGACAUACUCGACUCAAGCCUGGACUUUUACUUCCAGUUUUUCCAUCCGAUAUUACCAUUCAUACACAAGAGCACAUUCGAUGCCAGAAACACGCCAAGUCCUCUAUUACUCGCCAUGUGUCUGGUUGGCCUAUCCUACUUGGACCGGAUAGAAACCAAGGCUUUUCUCAUCAGAUGCCUCAAGAAGUUACUACCAGCUUGUCUUGUUGAUUUAACCUCCCAAACGCUCUCUGAGUCUGCGACGUCCCACACUUUCACUGCUCUUGCGACUGCGCUCAUUGUAGCUUACUUAGCCUUGGGCUUUCGUGAUGAGGUUGAUGUAUAUCAAGCGUACACUCUCUGUACCCAGACACUUGUUCUAGCUGAUAGGCAUGGCCUAUUCUCUUCUGAUGAUGGGGAAGGUGCCAUUGCCAAACUUGUACAUGGCGUAUCCGAUCCGUAUAAGAUCUGGAAAGCAUGGGCACGAGUUGAGUCUAUCAAGCGUCUCAUAUGCUGUCUGAUCUACUUGGACAUGGCAUAUUCCCGAUUAAUGGGCACUUCUGGUAUAAUCGAGAUAGACAAGGUCGAAAUUCAUUUGCCGUGUGACGACAGUCUCUUUGAUGACUCGACGAAUGCCUCGGCCUUCCUGCGCCUCAUCCAACAGGGGGCUCAGAUGGCCACGCCUCGGAUUAACAUUCGAGACUUCCAUAUGACCUCAGCAUCAAAGCUAAACCAAAACUCAACCCAGACGCUUCUCCGGUCUCUUUACCUCAGAGUGAUAGCAGCUAACAGGGGGUUGUCGAGCAACGAGGGUGGGGCUUCAGUCUCCCGGUCAGCAAGCCCUGUUGAGAGACUUGCGAUGGAUGAGGGUUCUAAAGCGAUUAUUUCUGAUCUUGUGUUACUCCCCAGGAUCCAUGUUGACGUUUUGUGUGGACGACAUCAAAACAAUGCACUGGGGUGGCAUUACCUGUGUAUCAUACUGACAGCUGAUGUUGACCUUUUGGAGACGGCUUGUGGUCGUGAUGGCUUGGAGGCUGCCGAGGCUUCCCUCGUGCAUGUUUUCAAGUGGUCACAGUCGAGCAGCGCUCGCAGAGCGCUCCUCCAUGCAGCUCAGGUAUUCAACAUGUUGGAUCGGUGCCAUAUUCGUGAGUCGUAUCUCACUCGGCCAGAUCUCGUCUUGUUUGUCUCUGCGCUUGUCAUAAGUCAGUAUUUUCUUGUUACUAGCCACAUAAACAUAUGCUCUGAUGUACCUGCGUUCGAGUUACUGCAGAAUAUUGAUUGGACCACAUUGGGAGACGAAGGUUUUGGCAGAGCCACAGGUUGUGUUUCUCCCAGCGUUACAAACAUACCUGAACCAGGAACGGUCGCUUCAAAGCCUUUGAGAGACUUCUUGAAAGACGGGGGCCCAGUUUCGUUCGCUGGAGAAACCCAAGUGCUUGGAGGUGUGACAGCGAAGAAGAUAGCAAGGAAGUUUGCACACCUCAUGGAUGGGUUUGGCGAAUGGGAUGGACGUAGCCAUUCGCGACUGUUGAGGGCAAUGUGUGGAUUCACGCACGAUUCCUAA